AUGACCUCGCACCCCCCGAGUGUUCCCUUACCGGGGUCCGAAGAGAAAGAACACUCUUCUGGAAUCACAUCACCGAUGACCUUCUACAUCUCCACCAUUGAGCUAUACCGCAUUCUCGACAGUAUCCUGUCCGACAUCUACCGAGCAUGGCGCGGUCGCAGCAGCCCUGGGUCUAGAAGACACACAAUCAAACACGGCGGGCUGGACAUCAUCAUCGAACUUGAAGAGAAACUCUUCGAGUACGAAAACAACCUUCCCUUUCCUCAAUUGGAACUUUCCAUUAGACCAAGCUACCAAUCCCGAACAAAACUACUCUCCAUCGACAGCGAAACGUCCUCCACACUAGAUACCUAUACCUUCGUCUCCUUCUCUACCGACCCAUCCUGA